UCCCACAAUGCUUUAGUGCUGGGACCGUGCGAGACCACCAGUCAGCUGACAAAAUGGGGGACUUGGUGUGGAGUUUGAAGAACGGGGAUAUAGACCUUGUCAAAGCUGCUAUCGACCAACCGGGUUUUGACGUGAACUCGGAGAUUGGAGGCCGCAUGCCCAUUCAUUAUGCAGCAGAUUACGGGCAAUUGGACAUCAUCAAGGUCCUCCUGGAGAAAGGUGCAGAUGUGAAUAAGCAAGACAAACAUGGAAUCUCGGCAGUCCUGGCAGCUAUAUGGGAAGGUCACACUGAGUGUGUCAAGUAUCUGCUGGAAAAGGGGGCCAGGAAAGAUGGUAAAGCACCUGAUGGGACCACAUAUCUGGACUGUGCGGAGAGAGAGGACAUCAAGAGUUUGUUGAGAUGAAGAUCUAAUACAAGUCAGUCUUCACACCUUUUGUCAUCCACCAGCAAAUCACCAACAGUCAUUCAAGACUCCAGUCUUUAAUAGUCCACCAACCACAUGUACUGCCUGCUACUAUAUGUUUUUUCCUUCAAGAUUUGCCUUGCAGAAAACUUCUGUUUAUAGAGAACAUGCAAAAACGUGCUAUCUGGUGCUGUGUACAUUUGAAACAAAAAGUUCAGAAACUCAAGAGGCAAGAUUGUCUGACCCAAUUAUUAUGAGUACAAAAUUACAUUGUACCAGUAUGCUACAAUGAUAAUGAGCAGCAUGCUACUUGCAUGAACUAUUUUGUAAGAGAUAAGAGUACCCUGCAAGUAAGAACCUACUGUGAUGUUUAAUUUCAAAUUAAGGUGUGUAGCCUCAUUAACAGGCUCUAUGAGUCAGGCUUUCUUGCGCUAAUGAUCUUUUUGUCUGGUGGCAUGUCAGUUCAAUUUCUACUAGGUUGAUGUGCGCCAUCUUCAUAAAAGAACCUCCAUGCCUCCAGAACGUGACAACAUGGUGGCCCAUAACACCCAGCAUUAGGUAUUUUACCAGCAUUUCAGUUUUUCUAUCUGCAAGUUGUAGAUAACAGCUGGGCAGGUGAUAACAUGUUGGUGAGAAUGAAUGUGCUUCAUGUCCAACAUGGUUAUUUCACUCUGGUUUAGAGAGAGCUCUACUGUCUGUACCUGUACCUAUGCUUAAUGAAGUACACAUGUAGAGAGAACAACAAUAAAACAUGCCGGCUGAGAUGUGUAUGAUGCUUUUCCUACUAUAGAUAAUAAAGUAACUUUUACUGCUUGA